AAUUGCGCCAACCGUACUCUUGUCAAUUUAGUGCUGAAAAUGUCAAUUUGAAGAAGUCCAAAUUUUUGUACAUAAGUAAUUUGGGUUUGUUGAUUUAAUUACUGAACACAACUUAACGUAGCUAUUUUACAAUGACAUGGACCCCGUAGAAAACCCACCCGCAGAAGAUGACGCUCCCAAUGUUAAUCCAAAUACCAAUGUACAGUUUAACGCUCCAGAAAUAGAUACACCUGAAAAUGCUGAUGGGGAAGUGAGUUUUGACGAGGUAACUGCAUACAGCGAACAUCCCGGGAGCGAUGACUUUACAAGUUUAAGAAGUUUUAGAAAACCUAGAAAAGAUGGCGAUCUUGGAGAACAAUCUAAUCCGGAUGAAGAAGAAACGGAAAGUGAAGCAACAUUGCAGGGAGCGGAACUUGAUCAAAUCUUAGGAGAACCAGACGUCGAACAAGCAUUGCAACAAGCAGAAGUUGGUCAAGUAUUACAAGAAACAGAGAGCGAAAAAAUAUUGCAGGAAACAGACCUUAAACAAACGUUACAGGAACCAAAAGAUGAACCAACAUUACAAGAAACAGAAGUUGAAAGAACAUUGCAGAACGCAGAAUUCGAGCAAAGAUUACAAGAACCAGACCUGGACAAAUCGUUGCAAGAAGCAGAUAUGUUAAACCGAAUCGCUCAGCAACUACGCGCCAGGGCGUCUGCGUUGAAAUCAAGAGGAGAGGCAGUUGCUUCAAGUAAACCGUUUAAUGAAAAAGUAACAAGUGUUAUACAAACAACUCUGUCUGUUAUGCAAUUAGAAGUUGCGCCCUUAAUAGAAAUGACUAUGCGUAGUGGUAACGUCAGUACUGAUACCCACAUUGAAGACGUGGCCAAUGGGGUAGAUUUAGAAAAACCACCACCUGGUGAUGACGCAAAUGUUAAACGAUCUGCUAACGUAUGUUGUGAAUGCCACCCUACAAAUGCCGGUGCAGCUGUUCCUGCAGUUAUGAGUCGUGAUGCUACACCAAGUGAGGCUAAUAGUUUUUUCUGUCAAACGGAAGAUACAUCAUGUUUGGCCAAAGAUAGUACUCAUCCUACUGAUAAAGGAAAACCUUCUCGAAUACCAAUGCCCUCCGGACGCGGAUGCGUAUCCGAAAGAAAGAGAAAAGAGUUUUUUAUUCCAGUAACGUGCUGCAGCGACAAAUCGGCUGGGGUCCAAACGGUAUUAUCAUUAGGUAAACGAUUACAGUCUGAGUCAUUAAAUUCAUUAAGCGAGACGGAAAGUUGUAGAGUCGAAACUCCGAACGAGACAUCCAGGUUGCGUCCAUCAAGAUCUUAUAACAUUAAGUUAUCUGGAAAAGAUUCCGCUAAAGUAAUUAAACUUAAAAUUCGUCCAUUUCAAGAAAGGGGAGCGGAUGAAAGCAGGUGCGGACACGACACAGAUAAGAUUCCUGUGAAGUUGAACCAAUCUUCUAAAUCUGCAAUAUUGAUUACGAUUACUACGUCCCAGCCAAGAGUUGAAGCAAGAAGUAGCCACUCGUGCCCCCACGUAAACUCAUGCAAGCGAUUACAACCACUCUCUUCGAAAUCUACAUCUUGCAAAGAAAUACCUAUUUGUCCAGCCGCACUAAAAAUGGAUAAGGGAACAGCUGUAAGUAACGUGUCUCGAAGUGUUCUUAACGAAGCAUCAUCCGACGCCAAUCUCACUGGCGCGGCACUUAAUACGGUAACAACUUCUGAGGUAGGUAACGUAACUGAGACCGACUCUCCUAGUUUUUCUCCGGCAAAAUGCACUUGCACAAACAAUCAAUUUGAUACAUACAAAACAGAUCCUAUUAUGAUAGCAAUGGAAACAUGUGAAACAGAAUUAAAACCUCUACGCCGUGCAUUUAAUGAACUUCAACAAAAGGUGCGUGAUCUUAAGGUUCCCGAAAUGAAGGGUUGUUUUUGCGAAACAGUGCUCCAAACUGAAGGAAAACCCGUGCAACCUCGUUGCGCCCAUUUCACUCCUGCGAGAAUUCUUCAUCACCGAUCCCUGCCCUACGGUAAACUACCACUCCCCAUAAUACCAACUCGGGCACCAAUCGAAUUGUCUACUCUUCACACAAGCGCUGUCGCAAGUUCUCCUGUAAUAAAUUCAUCACGACGACGUCAACACCACAGUUGUUGCUGCAAGCGAAAGAACCGUCAUGUUGAAAGAAAAGAUAAAGAAACCCAACAUAAAGUGCGAAUAGAUCAAGAGAGUGCACCUUUUUGUAAACGCAAAUACGUUGCGAACCAUAUGUACGAUUCCUCUCCAUUUUCUGCAUUUAGAGCAUAUCCGUUGUUUUAUAACACUGAAAUGGAAGGAAAUCAAAACUGCAUCGAAGAUAUACUUAAAAACAAAUGUAUAAAUGAAGACCACGAAGUGAAUGAAAGUGAGAGUUGUGACAGUUUUGUGGGCCGCCAACGAAACGGUUGUUGCAGAAAACUUAGCUCGCGAACGCUUAGUAAGGACAAAAAAGAAAACUCUGUUAAAUCCGCUUCUUCAACGACUAGAUUACGAUUCCACAAAAAAUAUUUUGAUUUACAAAACUUGCCAAAAGGGCAGGCUAUUAGGGCAGAUCCUGAUGAUUUUCUCAUUUCUAAAGAUUAGUAAAACUAAGUAGGUAAAACAUAGGUUAGGCAUUUUUGCAAAAUUAGGUAUAACUACCAAUGUAACAACAAUAAACAGAUUUCCAAA